AUGAAUAUUCUCGCUAACAACAUUUGCAUCAUUUUAUUUUUGACUGGCUUUACAGUCGUGUAUACAGGCGAAAAUCCUGAUGGUUUUAUCGAUGGUAUUGAAAAGCAUUUAGCUUUUCAACACAACAUUGAAAUGCUAGUACAUACUGUUGAAGAAAAGCUAAGGUGGCGUGCACCAAAAAUCAGUGCAAGCACAUCAGACGAAAAUCAGACUAUACCGCCUUCCCAGCCUCCCUCCUCGUCGCUUGUAAUCGCCAGCAACACUAGAUUAGCAUAUUCUAUAAAGAGGCUAAGCUGCUUGUUCGGUGAUUUCUCAGCUAAAUAG